UGCAAAAGGAAAAUUGCACAAUCCGUCAAAGCUCCCUAGCGCGCGGAUCUUUCGACGGCUGCACCAUUAAUUUGGACGGUCGGAAAGUAAGCUGAUGUCAGACCUACUUUCCUGUCCCUGCUUUAAAUACCGCAUUCUUCAUGCCAGUUGGCCGAGCCUGCUGACAGUGGAACAUAUUGCCGCCUCAACAGAAAACGACACCCUUCCUGAGCCUUCAUUGGCCGCUUAGCUGGGAAUAUCAACUGUGGGGCUGGUCAGAAAGAACGAGCAUGUUCAGCACGCGGGCACUCACGCUCCUGUCCUCUGUGUUUGGGGCUUGCGGCCUGCUCCUGGUGGGCGUGGCUGUGUCCACAGACUAUUGGCUGCUGAUGGAGGAGGGCGUGGUUCUGCAGCAGAACCAGAGCAUGGAGGUCAGGAUGGCCCUGCACUCCGGCAUGUGGAGGGUCUGCUUCGUGGCAGGACCUGAAAAGGGGAGAUGUGUAGCAUCGGAAUACUUCACCACUGAAGCUGAGAUAGACAUCGUGACCGAAAACACUGCAAAUAUACUAAAGAUGGUACGGACGGCCACACCGUUCCCCAUGGUUUCGCUGCUUUUCGUCUUCACCGCCUUCGUCAUCAGUAACAUCGGACACAUCCGGCCCCAGCGCACCAUCCUAGCCUUCAUCUCUGGAAUCUUCUUCAUCCUCUCAGGGCUGAGCCUGGUGGUGGGCCUGGUCCUCUACAUCAGCAGCAUCAACGACGAGGUGAUGAACCGGCCACGUGAGCCCGAGCACUUCUUCCACUACCACUACGGCUGGUCCUUCGCCUUCGCUGCCAGCUCCUUCCUCCUCAAAGAGGGGGCUGGGGUGAUGUCAGUGUACCUCUUCAUGAAGCGCUACGCCGAGGAGGAGAUGUACCGGCCCCACCCAUCCCUCUACCGCCCCCGCCUGUCCGAGUGCAGCGACUACAGCGGCCAAUACCUUCAUCCCGAGUCGUGGCCUCCUCCAAAGAGGGGCCGCAGCGCGUCUGAAGUCUCCAGCGACAUCUCCAUCCAGCUGAACCAGACACCCCCUCCGCCCAAGGGCAGCUCCAUGCAGCAGCAGCAGGCCCCGUCCUCUGGCCCCUCCUCGGGCGCCAGCUACCAGCCGUCCUCCUCCUCCUCCUCCUACCCCCACCACUCCAUGUCCUCCCACCCCCUCCACUCCAGCCACCACACCAUGUCCUCCCACCCCAGCGGGCCCCCUCCCCAGUCCAUGCCCAUGGCCAUGCCCCCCUCUGCCCAGCCCCCUCCCCGAUACCACCAACACAUGCACAUGAGUGCCUCGCCGUGCUAGAAGGGGGGAGUGAGGGAUGAGGGAGGGAGGGGAGGGGGGGAUAGACAGAGCAGGGGUUGGCUCUGUCGUACGUCCAACACACAGAGACAGAUGCAAACACACACACACACACACACAUGCACACAUACGUGCACACACAGAAGUGUGGGAGGAGAGAUGGAAGAGGGGAGGAAGGAAGGAUAUUUAGGAGAUCAAGAGAAAGAAGGGAAUGAACGAGGGAAAGAAAACGAGAUGGGUGGAGGAUGAUUCACAAUGGAUGCUGUGCUUAAAAUGAAGACAGAUAUUUUAAAAGAGGGAGAGAGAGAGGGAGGGAUAUGAUCAUCAUUUACACAAUAAGAAAAAGAGGGAGGAGGGGGGGUCUAUAAGAAAGGGUGAUGCUGUUUCAGAAGAAAAAUAAUUUCGCAUUUCAAGCACUAACACACACAAGAAUCAAGAACAAAUUGUAUAUGCAUAGAGAUUUAUACUUAAACUGUAUAGACAUUUUUCUUUCUCUAAGUCCUGGAAAAACAAAUGUUGAAAUCUUAACCAUGUUUGUCUUUCAUGAGAUGUGUAUUCCUGUAUGAUUAGUUCUAUCAUUUCAUUCAUCGUUUGUAUUUGAGAGGCAAGAAUUGUGAGUACGAAGACGGAAAUCUGAGACAUCUGAAGAUCAUUCAGGGUUCUGUGACUUAUCUGCACAUACUGUAACAUCUCAGAUUCCCCAAGCGUUCCAAAAUGGUUCUUCGGCUUUCCCCAUAGGACAACCCAUUUUGGUUCCAGGUAGAACCCUUUUUGGUUCCAUGUAAAAUCCUCUGUGAAAAUGGUUCGACGUGGAUUCUAAAAGGGGUCUAGCUGGAACCAAAAGGGUUCUUUCUACCUGGAAAGAAAAAGGGUUCUUCUCCAAUGAGGACAGCAGAAAAAACCCUUUAGGUUCUAGCUAGCAUCUUUUGUGUGUAUGUGUGUGUAUAAAUGUCCAGGUCAUAGGCUUCAGCAUCCAUAAAAAAAAAACACUUGAAUUGUUGUUUCAUGUUUUUGACUAAAAUGUCAU